AUGGCGAAGUUACGGAACGUUUUGUGCGGCUUGUUGCAAAUAAGGAGGCAUUACGCCCGGUAAGAUAAAGAGAUCCUUCUUUCUUAACCAUUUGUCAUUUUUUACGCUAACUGAACGCAAAUUUUUCAAGGCUUUCGGAGGUUGGACGUUUCCAAGAGCCAAAAACCAGCGGAAAAUAUGAACCAGGACAGGUAAGCCGCUGGUGAAAAUCCACUUUAAAAAUUGGAACGCGUCAAUAUGCCGAAGGUAGUGCUCGGAGGUCUCUUACAAUACGUUUUCGCGUUAGUUCUGCUAUGUUGGCCUGUUUAGUAAACUGUAAUGGCUUCUUAUCGCCAGUUAUGUAAUACAAAAGGAAAUAUGUAUUUUAAUUUCGAUUGAACCUUUAGUAUUUGUUACGACCCGCACUUGACCUUGAUUUGGGACUGUCAUUCGUCACUUUUCGAGGAACAGCAAACUAGUGCCCAAAGGAAAUUAAAAAGACAUACGUCUCAUUUUUCUUUGAAAUCGAAAGUUAUAUUCUAAGUUUAGGUCCAAAAUACCGGCAAAUAUUGCAGUGACGGUUUCCUAUCCGUGAUGUCGAUAAUGUGCACACGUGAUAUUGAAGGUUUCUGAGAAGUAACGGAAACCUUGUGGUUGACCCUGAUGUGCAGGAGGCAAUUUUUUUUUCACUGUUUCUGUCGUGAUUAGAUAUUUGUUAAAGCAGCAAAGACGAUCAGUCAAAUUUUGAUUGGUUUGCUAAUAGCAAGAGAUUGAUUGCUACAUAGGUUACCUAACGCAGGGACCUAGUGUAACUCAGGGAGACCUCGCCAAUUUGAUGGUCUGAUUCUCAACCGCUACAUUACAGUAAUUUUUAAAGUGUUCUCUGUUUGAAUAAAAGAGUUAAACUUUGAGCUUAGUCACUGAAUAAAGCAAGUUGGCUGAUUCAAGCAAGAUGCAUGUCUCUUAAAAAUGUUGUUAGACAUGUCUAGUGCACCAACAACUUCAGAAGAGCAUGACUCAUGAAAUCUGAAGAUCUGGGACACAACACCUCUUAGGCGAGUCAGGAUCUUUUCUUUGUCCAUGGUUAGGAUAGAACUUACUACAUUUCUCAGUAGUUUGUUAGUGCCAGUUUUCCCAUCUUGUGUCCAAACAUUUCACGUGUAGGCUUCUUUUGGAUGGGAAGAUACACUCAAUGUCCAUAAUUCCUGACUUUCUGCUUGUUUUGUUCUGUAUUUCCUCAAAGCUCUUUCUGCACAGAUUAUUUGGUUACAGAGGGGUAAUACUAUUCACUUGGUCAGCAAGAGUUUAUGACAGAGAUAAAGAAACAAGAGAAAAUGAAAAGUGAGUUUAUCUCUUUCCAAAAAAAAAGAUUAGAUUAUUGUACUUCAUUUGUGAUCAAUGCAAAAUUUAUUGAAUUGUAUCCAGACUUAAAUUGUCAGAAACUGUAUGUUUUAAUUUAAUAUCCUUUUGCAGGUUUCUUUCUCAAAUGUUUUUUCUUUUUUCCUUAAUUUUUUUCCUUCCAAGAAAAUAAGCAAGGUACUUGUAAACUCCUAUCAGUUACUACACCUCCCACUGCUAAAUUCAGUCUGAUAAAUGAUCUGUAUUCAAAUGAUUCAAUUUAGAGACUGUUAAAUCGAAUGUUAAAACACCCAAAUAGUAUGUUCAUUUAUAAAAUAACCUUAAAAUUUACCUUUUUUUUGUCAUUUGUGAGGUUAACAACCUUUAUUUGGCUUGCAGAUCCUUUGAUGAGAAUGGAUCAUAUAAUCCUGGCAAAGAGAUCAAGGCAGAAACACAGACAUACUAUCAGGCACUAAUUGAUAACAGAGAUUCGCCAUUUGUUGUAAGUUUACAAGAACCAAAACCACCCAUUUGCAAAACUCCUGAAUAAAGUUGAGUUGCAGACAAUAAACCCACUGAGUGUAUUUAGUGCAAAAAAUUGUUAUCCCAAUCUUAUUUCAAUUAACUUCUUCACAUUCUGAAACUAUGGGAAAGUUUUUUUCUUGUGAAACUAAACAAAUUACAUUCAAUUACAUCCUAAUGUUGAAAGCUUUUUGUCAUUGUCUUCAUCAAUAUUUCCCAAUACUUCUCAGUAUCAAGUGUGUACUGUCCAUGUUCAUUCUUGGAGUGAUUUCCAACAUAAAUUGCUUAAGUUCAUUUUCACGAUGCUAUUACUCCCUGCAAAUGAUUGUUAAUCUUAUUAUUUACAAGCUUGGAUAUUUCUUUGUGUAUCUUAAUUCUUUCCCAAAUUUGGAGAUGUAGAUAUUUUGCAUUUUACAUGAAACAUUACCUGGUAUAUUUUUUAAACAAAAGCCACAACAGUUUUUGUCGUCAGCUUUGUUUUUGUUGUUGGAGCUUCAGUGUAAUAUGUACCUCAAUAAAGAGCACAGGUAACUACAUGCAAUUUUGAUAAGUUCCAAAGGAGGUAUUUUUUAUGUUGUACUGUUGAAAAAUACUCACAGAGUAGUAACCUAGUUCAGUGUUCAGGUUACUUACAAGUUGGUCACUAGUUUAGCACAAGCAUAUAACUAUGAUAUAACAAUGUUAUUAAAAAUGUUCCUGUGUUGUAUAGAGUUUUUUAUUCAAUCAAUAAUUUUCUUUUUUGUAUUUCAGAGAGCUCAACCAGAAAUUGUGACCUUCCUUGGGUAUGAAAGUGACAAUGCUCUUUAUACAAUUCCAGGUGAUCACCCAAGAUUGUUUCUUGGAAUUAUUUGUUUACAUUUUAUUUUCUGGCAUGAAACAGUAAAUUGUACAAAAUUGCUUUCUUUUAGCUAAACUACCCGAAGCUUGUCAUAAAAAAACUCUUAAAUUGUGAAUGGAAGGAAAGGAGCAAGCAAGCUUGCUUGCAGUUCAGCCAUGCCAAAGUUUUCACUUACCAGCUUUGCUGGAUUUUGGCUAGUGGGCCCUUGGAAAAAGAAAGUUAAAGUUCUGUAGUUAAUCUUAGUUUUUUUCAUUUCAAAAAGUGUGUUGUUGAUGAUGUAUAUAUAUUUUUUAGGUCUGGACUACAUUUCCCAGGAGGAUAUCCUUCCCUAUAUGGUUUCCGAUGCAUUUUCCCGUCCAAUCCACCAUGAACUGUUUGAUCGCUUUUUGUAUCCUGAACCUGGAAGAGGUGCAGUGUAAUUUAAAUGAAAAUCCCUUGUCCAUGGAUUGUGCUUGCACAUCCUACAGCCACUGACUGGUGCUCCUCCUUUAAAAUUAUAAUUUCCCUUCUUUGAAAUGUGGAAUUACAUGGCUGCCUGUGGAUACAUUUUUUUAUAUCUGAGGGAGUGAGUAAAGCAAACAAGUGAGAGACUCCAUCACUAGGAAUAGGCAAAUUAGUAUCCACAAGUGGGCAUGUAAUCGUUUCUUUUUUUUUGACACAGAUCUAAUUAUAUUUAAAUCAAAGACAGUUUAAUAGCAUGAGGUUUAAAACAGUGAAUGUAGAGAUUACCUGCAUAUUAAUUCUGCUUACAGAAGAGCUAUUUCAACUCUCUGUAAAAGUUGAAUGCAGUGUAAAGAAUGUUCAUAAAAUUUAAAAAAAGAAAACUUACGCAAAAAGUAAAACUGCCAUUUACCACCUGGUAACUAUCAUGAUUGUGUUACCUUCUCUUGCAAAGAUACGAAUGGCAUUUUUACAAGGUUUGGUGAAGAUAUGUUUUUGAAAGAUUGAUUUCAUCGAUAUCUACAUAAUCAUUUAGACUUAAUGUACACUGUGUGAUGUUUCCUAGCAAAUGGCCAUUUUUUUAAACUGCCAUGAAAUAAUUUUAAGCAGGAAGAUAAAAGCAAGUCUCUAAAAAAGUUUUGUUGAUAUUUUCUAUUUAAUCCUAAAAUGCCAGAUCAAUGGUUAAAACUAUUAACAAACUUCCAAUAGCCUUUUGAAAAUGAUUUGAUAGUGAAGGAUAUUCAAACUUCUCAGAAAAGCAGUGCAUUUCUCACUCUCUAAUCUUACUUCAUUCCUCAUAUGCUGCCAUCUAUCAAACAUGAUCACAUCACCAACACAGGUGAGGCUUGUGUCCCUUUCAGCCAUUCAGUGUUUAUAGUCUCCCUGCUCAAAUUGUGGGUGCAUGUACAUAUUUUGGAUGGAAAUCCAAGGGUAGGAGAUAGCAUAAUUCUUACAUAUACACAGUCCCUGUGUGUGACAUUCAUAAACCAUCUUUAGCCUUCUAAAACAACAUCUCUUCACUCUCUUUUCUCCUCCUAUGCUACAGAGGGUUUAUCAUCCAUCUGCAACUUGCGUAUAUUAUUCCCUUCAGUGCCUCUCCAACAACAGGUUUUUUUUAAAAUUUAAGAGGGUACUUGUAAGAAAGUAUCAACCUUAAGAAACAAAAAUUGUUUUCCAUUGAAUUAGAACCGUCUUUUGCUGCACGAGAAGCACUCCAAUCCUGGCAGGAGAAGAAUCAUAAGUGGUUAGAAUUAACAGAUGUACACAGAGAGUCAACAAACAAUGUAAGGAUUACCGUAAUGCCAUUCUACAUGGGAAUAAAGGUAUGUUGAGUAUCAAUAUUUAAUUUCAGCUAAAGACUUAUAUACGUACCCUUCAAAGAAAAGUGUGAACGACGAAGUCUGGCAUAAGGGUUUGACAGAAAUAUGCAGAAUAUAACCCCAAUUUAAAAUAGUUUAGUUUUAUCAACUGAGUUGACAAUGUAAAUUGGCCACUGCAAAGAGUUUCUCAAGCUGAAGUUUCGAGCGUUAGCCCUUCGUCAGCCGCUCUGUGUUGUAAUACCAACCCUCCUCACCAACGCAGCGCCACAGUUUCUUAGGAAACUUACCCCCCUAACCCUGUAACUCCCAGGAUCUGAUUGUUAAUUCUCCCCUCUAGCUGCUAGACAUUUCCUUGUAAAUUAGUUGCAAGAAUUUGGCGUUAGAUCAGGAUGACAACUUCUAGCUGAUACAUUUGAUUACUCAUAGUAGGGUGAAGUUACAUGUGAAUCACUUCUAGGAGUUAAAGGGUUAAACUGUGAUACGUGACUCGUCCAGAGUCUAUCUCUUUACAAUCGGAUGGACUUUCGAAGUGGAUUAAACGGCUAAUAGCUGAGCAGAAUUUAUGCUCUGUAUUAGUGUUAUCCAGACAGAUUUGAUUUCCGGAGCAAGUAGUUAUCUGUAGAUCUUAAUUAUCUUUUGUUUUUAUUGUUGUUUUCAGAACACGCUUCCAACGCCGGAUUAUUGGGUAUGCAUAAAGCGAUAUUCAUUACUCCUUGGUUUGAAUAUAACUUGUGGUACUGACCUAGUAUUCUCUGUUUCAGUGGCGUUAUUGUAUUAGAAUUGAAAAUCUUGGACAAGAGACUGUACAACUUCGUGAGAGACAUUGGAGAAUAUUUAGUCUGGCAGGCACAUUAGAGACUGUAAGGGGGAGAGGCGUGGCUGGACAGGUAAGAUUUGACGGGGGACAGGCAGGGACGGCAGAAUGCCUUUCAAAAGUUUGAAAAUUUUUCAUUGUAUAUUUGUAAAUUAUGAGGGAAUUCGAAGAGAUAAGAACCACUUUAUAAUGCUCUGUUGGGAUUCUAUUUCCAAAUGAAUGUGACGAUAGAAAAGUGGAAAACCUUUUUUCGUCGCUGCAGAGAAACGAUUGUAAACUAAAAAUGGUGUAUUGGUGACUCGUCUAGACGACCUGGCGAAAUGCUGGGUUUGAUAGCAAAGUGAAAGAGCUUUUUUUUCGUCGCUGCAGCGAAACGAUUGUAAACUAAAAAUAGUGUAUUGGUGACUUGUCUGGACGACUUCGCAAAAUGCUGGGUUUGAUUUCAAUAACCUUCGUGUCCGUCACACGAAAACGAACUAUUCCGUAGUCUUUCUCUCCUUCUUCUCAUGAACCAGAAAACUCAUCACAGGUUGUACAAGGUUAACUGAGCGUCCAAAGUAUUUUGGGAUCGCGUCGCUUCUGUUCCUGAACUCUCUGUGUUUGGUGUAGAAAAGUUGACGUAAUAGAUGCAAAACUAAACCUGAACCAAUCAUGAAAUGGUCAUUCGCGUUUUCACACGCUUCAGAACGUUUUUAGGGCUCUCAUUGGCCUCUUCCAACGCGUUCCUUUGGACAGGCCAUUGCGAUUUAUUGGUUUGGCUUUUAUAUAAUUGAUCGAAAUGCGCCUUUAGUUAACUGCCUUUGUCCUAUUACUUUUGAGUCAACGAGUCGGAAUGUUUUACUGGGAUGUACCAGAAUCUGUUGAUGAAUCUUCGCUUCCUACUUACGUAAAUUGUUUUAUGUCUUGAUUUCUAGGAGCCUAUUCUUUCGCCGCAACAGCCAGCUUUCCAAUACAGCAGUCACAUAUCAUUACAGGCACCCAGUGGAAAUAUGUGGUAAGUGUGACAGAGCUUAUGGCUAAGUAUCGAUCUCUGCUGAGUUAUUUUACAAUUGAUUGUCGAUAGUUUGUGCAAUUUUCAGUUUAGUGACGGAAGUAAUCCGCCGUUGCUUUGGUUUUGCUUUACUUCGUAAAACAAUUUACGUAAGUAGGAAGCGAAGAUUCAUCAACAGAUUCUGGUACAUUGUCGAUAGUUUGUGCAAUUUUCAGUUUAGUGACGGAAGUAAUCCGCCGUUGCUUUGGUUUUGCUUUACUUCGCUGUGUGAUUGGUCCAAAGGACUCGCGCCACUCUCUCAACCAAUCAGAAUAAAACCAAAACCAAUCGCAACUUGGUCAGCGUUUUCCCGCCCUUCAGCAUUGUAUUUACUUUGAAUCUUGAUUGGCUCGUUGCCUUAGUUUCUUUCGUUCUGAUUGGCUAUUAUGAUUACUUUGGUUUUUAGUUUUACGCCACUCAGUGGAAAUGCGCUCUGUCAGGAUAAACUCUAUUUGCUUGAGCUUCACUUCACCACCAUCUCUGUUAGUGUUAAAAAAUGACUGUCGCUAUUUUCCAAACAGUCAGACGCAAAUUAAAACAAUACACGACAUGGUCACGUAUUCUUCCCCGCGCUUCGCUUCAGUUAGAGAAGUAUUCUUUAAGUUCUCGUUGGCUCAUUCUUUUCGAAUUGCGAGCUAAGCGUCAAAAGGUACCAAUUGGAUCUUGCUGGUCGAAUUUUCUAGCCACCCGAUAUCACGAGCCUACCAAUUUCGCGGAGCAGAGACUGAAGUGCGGGAUGACAACGAAUGACUUUGUCGUGAUUGGUGUUAGUUUUCCAUCAGACUUUUUUGAAGAUGGCGCAAGUUUUCUUGAUCAAUCUUUGAGGAAAGAUAAGCAAAGCUAAUACAAUACCAUUUUGCUUUCGAUGCUCAGUUGAAAAUUGCUCUAUUCCCUCUCUAAUACUGACUUGGACUUUCUACUUUUACUUAUUUAUUUAUUUAUUUCUUCCUUUUAAUUCAUAAAAUCCUGGGGACAAAUGAUGUAGAAAUCAUCCAUUCAUGUCUCAGAAUCUUUACAGUGCUCUUAAUUUAAUCUUUAUCUGUUAUAUACAACCCAAUUUUAUGUUGGAGAUGUCCUGUAGCUGUUUUUCUCUUUUUCUUCGCUCUACAGGGGUAAAUAUCGCUUCGAACGCUCAGACGGAAGUACGUUUGAAACUCCCAUUCCUCCGUUUGCACUGGAUAGCAGAGAAGAGGAUACGCCUGAUUCUCCGGGAGCUUCUUGAAAAUGAAUUUAGAAACAUGAUGCCCAGCUUAGCAGCCUUAAUGGCUGUUUCUUUUCAGUCAAGCGGGAAUAGCGAGGCCGCGUGAGAGAAUGGGACGAAAGCGUUGGGAAAAAAAAGAAGAGCGGAAGAGAAGGAUGGGGAAACAAAGGUCCAAUUGCAUUGUCUGCCGCAGGACUUCAAUUGCGCAACUAAGUAAUUGGAGGAAAUAGUGACGCAGAGCGAAACAAAGAAGGGAAGUUUGGGGCAGAUCGCGUGAACCCGACCCAGGCUCCGUGCGUUUCUUGCUCUGUGGUAUUAUCUCGCGCGCUCCGUAUACAAACUACAGUACUGGAACAGCCUGAAAAUGUCUGUGCUCGUCUGUAGGAUCUUCCCUUUCUUCCCGUGUCUUUCUUCCCGUUCCUCACCCCACUUACCGCUCCAAUUUUUUUUUUUUCUCUUAGUAAAGUUUUGGCUGAGAUUUUGCUGUUUUUUUUUUUUCGCUCUUUGCUUGCUAUUUGUUCACUUUUCGUUUGCCGUUUGCUCUUUACUGUUUUUUGCUCACUUUUCGCACUGACUCCCGCUUGGGUAAAACGAAAUGGAAAGACUGCGCGCAAACUAAAUACUUUUCUUCGCAUAAAAGUAAAAGUGAAACAACUGGUGUUUACUUCGUAACCAAACUAACGUAUUCAAUAUUUCAAGAACUAGUCGCCAUGGAAUCCUAGAACACAGAAAAGUGGUCGUGACAUAACACUUUUCAUAGCUCACUUUUCGCACUGACUCCCGCUUGGGUAAAACGAAAUGGAAAGACUGCGCGCAAACUAAAUACUUUUCUUCGCAUAAAAGUAAAAGUGAAACAACUGGUGUUUACUUCGUAACCAAACUAACGUAUUCAAUAUUUCAAGAACUAGUCGCCAUGGAAUCCUAGAACACAGAAAAGUGGUCGUGACAUAACAAACUCAGUGGGGUGUCUAAACAUUUGGUAUUAUCAUUGCAUCUGGAAAAAAUGUGAAUAUUGCUUAUUGAGUGAAAAAAGCUGCAUGUUAAAGCUGUUGACAUCAGUUUAAAUUUUUUGUACUAAUUAUGAAACAAUUCCAAUGAAGUUUUCGUGGCCUGACAGACAUGUUUUGUGAUUAUGAUGCCAAUGACAUGCGCAGCAACUGUCGCAAUUGGGAGAAGCGUUGCGUGACACUCUUAGGCGAUGCGUGGUAUAAUAAUCGAGGCAUCGUCGAUUCUUCGUGUGGGGGACAUGUACAGUCGUGGACAGCGUAUUGCCCUCCUUAAAGCACUUAGGAAGGCACUCAAAGAACGAAACCUGUCAUUUUGGUAUCAAUGAAAUGAGGCAAACAUUUCCAAACAUGUGUAUUAUUGUGCAAUAGAUGAUAAGAGACCAGGCGAGUGUAUCGCUAUACGUGUGGUUACUUCUGUGGAAUCAUGGCGGUUAAUACUUUGAACGAACGCCUUUUGAUCUUGUUAGUUUUUUGGUGCCCGACUUUUCCGUUUCUCCCUGAUAAAUGCGAGGAACAGAAUUUUUUCUUUUGAAUUCUUUUAUUCGAUUUUUCAUUUUUCCUGGCGCUUUGGAUAGGAAAAGAAAGGAGGGAAGAUAUUACUUGAUUUAGAAAGGACCUGUGAUCUAUACGAUUUAACAUUCGAAAGAGACAAGAAUUUCUCUUUCCGGAUGUUUUGUUUUCGCCGUUCUCAAUCCAUGAUCAAAUCAUGAAGUUCCAAAGUAGCAAAAGCGAGUACUACUCUCAUCCGAAACUGCAUUAGAACUGCCCCUUUGAAAUUCAUUUGAAGUGAAAAGAAAAGAAAAUAGAAUUUUUGUGUUGUAAAACUGACUCAUACAGACCUUGUUGGUCGAUGGAAUCGUAUUUAUCUUCCAAUGUUUUUCAAAGAAGAUCUUACUGCCUGUCAUUAUUUAAUCAUGAAUUGGUGUAUUUCUGAUCAACCAGGCUACGAAGAUAUGAAAGACUGAUAUUCUAAAAAUAUACGCGAAAUGGUGUCAUCCUGACGUUUAAUAGAUAGCUACCUUAAUUUUUAUGUAAAGAAAAAUUAAACAUGAAG